AUGAUUUUGUAUCUCUGUCAAGGUACACGAUAUGGUGCCAGUCUUAGGAAGCAGAUCAAGAAGAUGGAAGUGAGCCAGCACAGCAAAUACUUCUGCGAGUUCUGUGGAAAGUACGCCGUGAAGAGAAAGGCUGUUGGUAUUUGGGGUUGCAAGGACUGCGGCAAAGUUAAGGCCGGUGGUGCAUACACCAUGAAUACUGCUAGUGCGGUGACUGUGAGGAGUACCAUCAGACGGCUAAGGGACCAAACCGAGAGCUAG